GAAUGUGUGACAGCCUUAUCUUCACUCCACAGAUACUCCUUUACGACUCAAAGGCGUCAGCGCACUGAGACCAGUAGGACCUCAGCAUUAUGAGAAGCAAGGAGAAAUUUGAUUAUGGGAAGAAUCAGUGAUUUACGAGCAAUGCUAAAUGGUGGUCAGCCAUUUAUCUACUUGACACAUGGUGGCGAAGGUUGCACCCAAGGAGGACACCUGGGCUUGGCAGCCUAUUGGUGCUCCUUUCCCAGACAAUCCUAUCCGUGUCCCAGGACAGCAGAAUAUGUACGUCGCAUUAUGGUACAAGUAUGGGAAACCGAUACACGGAAGGGCGUAUAACGACGAUGGUGGCGUGCAAUGCUCGUUUCCUUAUAAGAAGUUUGAAUUGAAAACGAAGACCGAACUCGAAGGAAACAUCCAAAUACUCACAUAUAAAGGAAAUUUUAAAUCUCUUGGUUACUGGUAUGAAUGGCUACCGCUGAAAUCAAGAUUUGAAGAUACGACUCACCGCGAACUCGUUAGAUGUGGAAAUUCCACACCAAUACUCAUAAACUGCAAAGACGGCCAACCACGUCUUGGCUAUCUUGAUUUGAGUACAGAAAUUGCUAUGGUAUCGUACGACAAGAAAGUAGAACAAAUUGCUGGCGGUCCAACACAAAAUUGUCUGGGAAUCUUCCGAAAUUAUAAGGAACCACCGCACAAACUCGUUGAGGACGAUCAGUGGGAUGAUAUCAAAUGGGGAGAUCCUUUUCCCAAAAAUGCUGAGCCGGCAUUAAAACGUGAGUUAAAGGCUGCGAAAGAUAGACCAAAGUACCAGUAUGUAGCACUAUGGUAUAAACAUGGGGAACCCGUUUUUGGUUAUGCAUUUCCCGAUAAAGGAAAGCUUCACGCAAGUUUUGGAGCGAAAAAUCAAGAGAACAGUGGACCAGAGAUAGGAUCACUGCAAAUUUUGACGCUACCAGAUCCAAGCGCUAUGGGUCUGGAGUAUAAAUGGAUGCCAUUGUCUCAAGGAAGAGCGGAAGAAGCAAAGAAAUGGGAACCAGUUCAUGUUGGAACGGCUGCACCUUGCGUUUGUGUGGAUGAAAAAGGCAUAGAAACGUUGGGCUCCAUAAAUAUAACCAAUGAAGUUGCCUCGAUAGGUUGGGAUGGAAAACAGAAGAUGUUUACUGGGACGGCACCAAUGAAAUUCCAUGUACUACAUCAUCGAAAAAUUCACUAAUCAAUACUGAACUGAUAUACGCUUUCUCGAUAAAACUAAAUACACUGC